AUGGCGCCGGCGACGCCGAGGAGCCUGAAGGGGAGGAUAAAGGCGAAGAUGAAGCGGACGAAGACGACCUCGCCGACGUCUCCGAGCGUGAGCGCGAUCGCGGCCGCGACGUUGGCCGCCGCGCGCCCCGCGCCUCACCUCGUGACCACCCCGCGAUCCCCGGGAUCGACUAAGACGCGAUCGCGGCCGCAGGGAUGCGCCUACGCGUGCUUCUUCUUCGCGAAGACGACGCGAACGGUCGACGGCGCGCUCGCGAACGAGAUCGGCGUCUACCUCGUGAGCGGGCGCGGCGGCGACGCGACGCCGACGCUCGCGGCGGUCGGGACCGACCGAGGCGGCAACGGGAGGUACUUCGCGUAUCACGCCGCGGACCCGAAUCCUUUCGCCGGGAAACGUCUGAAGCCCGCGGAGGGAGACGCGACGAAGAACGACGUCGAGCGGUGGAUCCGCGACGCGUGCCCCGGGAUCUUACUCAGCGCGAAGAGCCCGCCUCGCGUCGGGGUAGCCCUAGACGACGCGGCGAUCGCGGCGGCGACCGCGCGGAAACGCGCGCGCGGCGGCGGUUACGGCGGCGGCGACGGCGCCUCCCACGCGUCGAAGAAGAGGCGGUCGUCGGUCUCGAGCCCGAGCGACGGCGCGCCAACCUUCGUCGACGCCGCCGUGCCGAUCGCGCUGCGCGUCGCGCGCGUCGACGAUCGCGCAUCCAUUCGCGCCGCGGCGACGGCGACGGACGCGGAGGAGGUCCGCGCGUUCGCGUCGUACGCGGAGUCGUCGGACAGACUACCCGACGGCCGCGGCGUUAAGACGUUCCGACUGAUCGCGGACGACGACGACGACGCGCUCGACGACGCGUCCGCGGGUCUCCUCGCCGUGCGCGGCGUCGAGCGGGGUCCGAAGGACGGGCACUACGGGUACGCGGCGUCGAGGGAGCUGCUCGGCGUCGCCGUCGACGACGCCGGGCGACCGUUUCAGACGCAGCCGAGGCUUCGAAACGCGGCCGCGGUGAGAGCGUGGCUCGACGCGAUCGUCGCGAAGAGCGCGCGCGCGCCGAGGAGGCUCAGGGACGCGGUCGGCGCGGCCGCGCGCGCGGCGGCGAUCUCGCGGCGCGGGGGUGUCAUCCUCGGCGGCGGCGGCGGUUUCGAAUCCGAUUUCGAAUCCGACGGCGACGAAGACGAGGACGAGGACGACGAAGACGAGGACGAGGACAAUGACGAGGACGACGACGAGACGGACGCGCUGCAGCGCUACCUCGGCCCGGCGACGUACGCGUGGUGCGUCGGCACGGCGUACCCGGGGAUGGUCGCGAGGCUGACGACGAUGCGCGAUCGAAUCGACGCCGGCGUCGCGGCGAGGCGGGCGACGACGACGACGAUGAAAUCGGACGCGCCGCCGCCGCCGCGACCGCUGUGCGACCGCGACGCGAUGGGCAUCCUCUCCGAGCUAGACGCGCGAUGGAACGUCCAUCUCAACGUGCAAACGCUCGACGACACCGAGAUCGCGCGCGCGGUCGCGUCGCUCGCGGAGGAGGAGAACGCAUACGCGGACGAAGUCAGGGACACCGCGAUGCGUUUCGUCGUGAAGUGGACGGAAAAAACCGAACGCGCGGUGCGAGCGUUGGAGCGACGCGCGCGGGAGCGGGAGACGCGCGCGCCGAAGACGAACGGCGGCGCGGCGGUCGUGAGCGCGAUGAUGGCGAUGACGCGGCGCGCGUGA